CUCGCUAAUAUAUGUUUUGAAAUCGUUAAGUGAAUUUGUGUUUCCGAAAACUCGCAAACAUAAUGGAGAAAUCCCCGAAAUACACACUAGUUGAAUUAACACAAUGAAUUCUCGCAUACCUUGUUUCCUAUUUCUUCUCUUAAAGAUGGUUAUCACAGAGGACAAAGAAAAGACUUGCUUUAGAGGGAUAUGUUUCUUAGAUGACUACCCUGUGGAUAAUAUGAAGACUUUUUUCGCCAAGAUAACCCUUGGUCAAAUUGUGGACAUUAAUCUUGAUCAUAAAACUGUCACAGCGGAGGUUCAAAUUGAAAUUUCGUUUCUAGAAAGGAUGAUUGAAGCUAAUGAAACUCGUGAUGCUGAUAUAGAGCUUUCUUUGGACAUAUAUAAAACACCGGAACUCGUAGAAAUUUUUCCCACGAGGAAACGAUUUGAACCAGCUUCUCCUUCCACCCAAAGAGUUCAUGAAUUGAUCAAAGGCGAAGGAGCUAUGAUAACUGUUACGUUAAACAAAAUAAUUGAAUUCUAUUGUAAGGUGAACUUAAACAUGUAUCCUUUCCAAAGAGUUCGUUGCGAAAUAGGGCUUUCGACUGUUAAUGAAGGAGAUGAAGUUAAAGUUUUGGAGCAUCAACAUAUCAGGCUUGCAGACAACUUUGUGUUCCCAUUGGCGACUGAUUACGAAAUCUAUUAUUAUCCACAUCUCCGGAGUCAAUAUAAACAGAUAUUAUUAGAUGGGAGAGAAGAGAUUGAGAAACAAUCAGCAAUUGGUUUUUUGUUAGUUCUAAAAUAUCAUUCGAUGGAGGUCAUCCUCAUUUACUACCUUCCAGCCUUUAUCAUGGUUUGUCUGAGUCUACUGUCUUUUCUUAUACCUUCGGCGCAUUACUCAUAUAAAGUUAUCCUUAUACUGCUGUCCCUACUUAAUCUAGAAAACCAGUUAAUAGGCCUAAAUAAGAUAUCUCCUAAAGGUGGGUCUGGACCUACAGCGGCAGCUGUCUAUCUCUUAGGAUGUACAAUAACCUCCACUCUUUGUUUAUGUCUCAAUAUUGUCGUGUUCAGGUGGAAUAAGUAUCCUUUCAUCUUAAAAGAAGUUAAUUUUUACUCUGGUUUGCUUAAUCUUGUCACUUUUAUUCUUUUUAAUAUUCUCUACUGGUCAGUCCUUAUACCUAACAUUCAGAAAACUGAAUAUUAAAUACUUUAAUUCAUUAUGACAUGAAUUUUAUAUUUUAGUUUACAGAUUUCAUUUAAAUUGUGAAAGAAAUAAUCAUUGUACUCUGUUUACCUUAGUUCUGUUAAUUGUAUAAUUUUAGCAAAAAUAUAUGUUAAAAAAAUGAAGUUCGUUAUCAUUAAGAUUU